AUGAAUCAAUCAAGAUCGUAUGGUGAGAGUCGAAGGCGAAGGCCGGUGAAUAAUAAAGUGCCAGCUGGUUGGCUUGAUUAUACUCCAUUGCAUACAUGGAUUGAAAAUACUCGUCUAGUUCCAUUCAAAUGUCCUUUACGAUGGUCAAUCUUACGCAAUCUAAAUCAACGAGAUCGAUUUUCUUUGAAUGAUUUAAUUGAACGUUUGGAUUAUCGAAAACGUGAACUUGGCUUAAUUAUUGAUUUAACUGAUACUCAUCGUUAUUAUGAUUAUCGAGAUGUAGAAGAUUUGGACAUUGAAUAUUGUAAAAUUCGAGUACCAGGGCAUCAAGAUGUGUCAGAUGAAAAUUGUCAAAAAUUUUUUCGUAUUGUUAAUAAAUUCUUACGCAAUAAUCGGCAGAAUGACAAACUGAUAGGUAUCCAUUGUACUCAUGGAGUUAAUCGAAGUGGCUAUUUUAUUGCCAGAUAUUUAAUUGAAAUUCUUGGUCUACAACCCGAUGAAGCUAUUGCUGCAUUCAAUCGAGCACGUGGACAUAAAAUUGAAAAAAAUAUUGAAGAUCUUCAAACAAGAAAAAAAAUCCAUGUCACUUUCUCAUCAUCAUCAUCAUCGUCGUCGUCGUCGUCGUCGUCAUCAGAUCGAGAAGUUGAUGAAUACUAUACUGCAAAAGAUCGUCCUUUACCAUAUACUAGGCCGUCGAUAGAUCCAACUUCAGAUGAAAUCUCGCCGACAAAAUCACAGAUAACUACAUAG